GCAAUCUACUUCCGCCAUGACGUUAGCAUUCAUCCGGGCAUCAGUCACCGCUGUUUUUGCCAAGAGCUGUGUUAGCAGUGACCGAGCGUUUUUAGGAUUUGCACGAAAGUUGCCGUUUGUUGGUGUUGCUCCACAAGUGUGUAAUUACACCAAAAAAGCAAUGGGUCUACCGCGUUGUUUUUUUGACAUGAGUGCUGAUAAUGCACCGCUGGGACGUAUUGUCAUUGAGCUACGAACUGAUGUAACUCCAAAAACAUGCGAAAAUUUCCGCGCUCUUUGCACUGGAGAGAAGGGAUUUGGCUACAAGGGCUCUACUUUCCAUCGUGUGAUUCCGAAUUUCAUGUGUCAGGGAGGUGACUUUCAAAACCAUAACGGAACGGGUGGAAAAUCUAUUUACGGUAACAAGUUCGAGGACGAAAAUUUUAUCUUGAAGCACACAGGACCUGGCAUCCUUUCUAUGGCCAAUGCUGGCCCCAACACUAAUGGAUCCCAGUUUUUCGUUACAACCGUGAAAACUUCUUGGCUUGACGAACGCCACGUUGUCUUCGGUAGUGUUGUUGAAGGCAUGGAUGUUGUUCGGAAGAUCGAAUCUUAUGGAAACCAGUCUGGCAAGACUUCCAAACAGAUUGUUGUCUCUAACUGUGGACAGCUGUAAAUUUUUUCCAACAUUACAUAAAACCUAUCCUUUAAAUUCAGCUUUCGUUUUAUUUUUUUUAAUUCAUAUUUUCCAAUAAAUGAAGCAUUCAAGAAAGGCAUGUUCAGUAGUACUAAAUUGAUGAAUAUAGGGGAGAGAUUAACAUUCAAUGAAAGUACCCCCAGCAAAAUAUUCCAGAGCAAUUUCUUCGAACCGUUCUUACAUUUGAAUUUGUAAUAAAUUGAUUCUAUCAUUCUAGUUAGUAUGACAAUGUUCAAACACGUGAAAUGCGUUUAAGUUUUCUUUUAGUUAGAAUAGACUAGAAAGCAAUACAUGAAUAUACAAGUAUUCUAUAUAACGGAAAUACAAAUGCUGAACAUGCCUAUUUCUAGUUUCAAUGUUUAUUAUUCUAAAUCUUGAAACUAUAACGUAAACAACAUGAGAUAAUUUCGAAGUAGCAUACUGUAUCGCAUUUUUGCACCCUUCCACAGAACCAAAAUUAUCCAAAUAAACUGUGAAGAAAAAAAUUGUUCCAAUAAA